GGCAGCAUGGGCAGCAGGAGGAGAGGCGCCAGGAGCCUGCGGGGCAGGGAGGGGCCGGGCCCCACCAAGUGUGCGGUGGACACGUGCUUUGACCCUCUGGUCCGAAAGUGCGUGGACUGCAAGCUCCUCCGGACGCCAGAACUGGGACCGGCCUCGCCUCCUCCCGACCCUGCCCCUCCCCGGCCGUCCCUCCCCUCUGCCCCCUGCUCUCCCUCCCCGUCCGCUCCGCCAGCAGCCGGGCUCGGCAGCCUGGUGCCCGGGACGGCGCUGCAGCCGCAGGAGUCGGUGGGCGCGGGGGCCGCCGCCGAGCCGGAGCCCGAGGCCGCGCUGCCGCUGCCCGCGCUGCUCUUCGGCGCCCCCGCGCUGCUGGGGCUGGCGCUGGCCCUGGUCCUGGCGGGCCUGCUGAGCUGGCGGUGGCGGCGGCGGCGGCUGCGCGCGGCGGCUGCCCCGGGGGCCCCGGACCCGCACCCGCACCCGCAUGGGACAACCCUGCGCCUGGCCCUGUCUUCUAAGACCUAUGAUGCCUUUUUCACCCUGGGAGCAGCUUCCAGAGCCCCCAGUUUGCAUCGUGAGAGGAAGUGUCUGGCCCCUCUGGGGCUGGACUGCAAACUCACCUGUCCCUCAGAGACCACCUGGGGUCCCAGCUGCCUCUAGGGCACACUCAGCUGUGCAGAGGGAAAGGCCCAGGGCCUGCAAGAGGUUCCUUUGUUCAGAAGUCAGAGCAGGCCGUGGCCUUGAACCAGCUGGACCUGACGUCCCUUGAGCUCCCCUCUGUCUCUGGUCCACCCUCCUCAAGCUAGGCCCCGGGUGCUGGGGUCACUUGGCCAUUCUAUGCCAGGUCCUGGGAUCACCCAUCAUCCCAGGGGAAUUGCUCCUCUGACAGCAGUGCCCUUGCUCUGGGGCCUGGGGCUGAGACCGUCUCCUCUAGCUGUGGAGCACGUUACACUUGGUCAGGCGCUGCCUCUCCUACCGGCCCUCCUACACAGAGUUAGGAACUCCGGACUCGGAUUCUGUCCUGGACAGUCCUUGGACCUUGUCACAGCCUAGCAUCCUCACAAGGAGCAUGGACUAGAAGUCAGGAGACGGGGCUUUGGGUACCAUUUUGUCUCACUGGAGGGCCUUGGCCGUAUUCUGUUCCACGCAUCAGAUGCUUUCCGCCCACCUCUCCCUGACAUUCCCGGCAGACACCCCCCCUUCCUGCCCACCCCCUCCUCAGCCCAGAAGAUGGUCCGGAGCCCCCGGGACCCUGACACCCACAGUGAAGUCUUCCUAGCCACUCCCUCCCUGAAUGCAUCCCAAGGGCCCCUACCCCGCGGGCUGCCAGGAGGCUGGGGUGAGGUCAGGUGGCUGGCCGGAGGCAGGAGGGUAGGAAGGAGGCCCCGACAUCCCGUCCCCUUCAACUCAGGACUGGGGCGUCUGCGCUGUUCCUCCUGGCCGCUCUUACCUCCCACUCAUCGUUUCCAUCACAGUCGGGGACUGGGCCCUGGAGGUAAAACACGUGGGUAAAACCCCUCUGGGGUCCAGACAUGCAAACCUCUGGCACCACUGUGUCCCAGCCAAACCCCAGCUUCCCCUCUGGUCUUGGUUUCCAUUUCUUAAAAAUGGGGGCUGGAUGCAGGGUGCUCCUCUGGGCUUAUGGCCCUCAGAGGGGAAGGACUGGAAAGAACCUUAGAGUCCUUACCACACCCCCCUCCAUGUUAUAGAUGAGGAAACUGAGGCCCAGAAGAAACAGGCUUCCUUGGGUGAGAACCAGGAGCAGAGGCAGGGGGAGAGGUUGGCAAAGAGGGGACCAGUCUCCCCCAGGCCUCAGUAAGGGACCCCACCACCCAGGGGCCUCCAGUCUCUGGCUGUCUGUCCUAGGCAGUGCUUUCUAAGGAGCCUUCAUGAUGUUACUGCAUUUGAUCUUAAUGACAGCACUUGGGGGAGGAGCAUGGUAUUUGUUUGCCUUAAAAAAGUUUUGUUGUUUUUUUUUAUUAGAAAAAAAAAUCGAGGGACGCCUGGGUGGCUCAGUCGGUUAAGU